GUUUUAGCAUAUCAUAAUUCUUCCUAGUGUGCCAAUGGCUCCAAAAAAUCUCUUUGGUCUCCUCAUCUUUCUCAUUCUCCUUGUUACUUGCACUGCUUUUUCCUUCCAAUUCCAUGGCUUCCAUAAUAGUGAAAGAAAUCUCACCCGUGAAGGGGAUUCAAAUGUCACACCCCAAGGUAUACUUCAGCUCACCAAAAGAGAAAACAACAUUGUUGGCCAUGCAUUUUAUAACAAACCCAUCAAAAUAUUAGAGAAAACAAAUUCUUCAGUGCCCCAAACAAAAUUUUCCUCCUUUAGUACAUGCUUUGUUUUCUCAAUUGUGUCACCAAACUCUGGCCUUGGUGGCUUUGGUCUUGCCUUCACCAUAGCUCCCACAACACAAUUCCCAGAGGCUGAAGGUGGCCAUUUUCUUGGUCUUUUCAACAAUUCCAAUGAUAUGAACACCUCAAAUCAUAUCUUGGUGGUUGAAUUUGACACAGUGAAUGGCUACAAAGAUAACACUGACACUGUAGGAAACCAUGUUGGGGUAAACAUAAAUGGCAUGCAAUCAAAGAUAGCUGAGCCUGCAGCAUACUUUGAAGAAGGCAUGGAUGCAAAAAAGGAAGAGUUCAGCAUGGAGAAGGAAGAUGCUGUUUGUGCUUGGAUUGAAUAUGAUGGUGAAACAGAAAUCUUGAAUGUCACAAUAGCCCCUUUAAAGGUAUCAAAACCAAGCAAGCCACUUAUAUCCCAGGCCAUUCAUGACAUCAAGUUUGUUAUGAAGGAAACCAUGUUUUUUGGUUUCUCUGCAUCAACAGGUAAGAGGAAAGCAAGCUCUCAUUAUAUUCUUGGGUGGAGUGUUUCAGUGAAUGGGGGAAUUGCCCCUCCACUAAAUUUUUCACUCCUUCCAAAGCCACCACCAAAGGAGAAAGAUGCAUCAUCUUUUCCUUGGGUCAAGGUUGCAGUUGCCAUGUUGUCUGCUUUGACAUUUACCUUGUUGUGCCUGUUGUUUAUUGUGACACGCUACAAGAGAUACAUGAUAUUUGAAACCCUUGAGGACUGGGAGCUUGAUUGUCCUCAUAGGUUCAGAUAUAGAGAUCUUCACAUAGCAACAAAGGGUUUCAUAGAGAGCCAGCUAAUUGGAGUUGGAGGCUUUGGUGCUGUGUACAAAGGUGUUUUACCUAGCACAGGAACUGAAGUUGCUGUCAAAAGAAUCAUGAGAAGUCCAAUGCAAGGGAUGAGGGAAUUUGCAGCUGAGAUUGAAAGCUUAGGAAGAUUGAGGCACAAGAAUUUGGUCAACCUUCAAGGGUGGUGCAAGCACAAGAAUGAUCUAAUCCUAAUUUAUGACUACAUUCCAAAUGGUAGUCUUGACUCUCUCCUAUUCAACGAUAACAUUGCUUUGGAUUGGGAUCAGAGAUUCAAUAUCAUCAAAGGUGUAGCUGCAGGGUUGUUGUAUCUUCAUGAAGAGUGGGAGCAAGUUGUGAUCCAUAGAGAUGUGAAAUCAAGCAAUAUUCUAAUAGAUGGCGAGUUCAAUGCUCGUUUGGGUGAUUUUGGACUAGCUAGGCUUUAUAGCCAUGAUCAAGUGUCACACACAACAAGUGUUGUUGGCACCAUUGGGUAUAUUGCACCAGAGUUAACUAGAACAGGAAAAGCCUCUGCAAGCUCUGAUGUGUAUGCAUUUGGGGUCCUACUUCUUGAAGUGGUUGCUGGCACAAGACCUGUUGGCUCUUCAGGCCAGUUUUUGUUGGUGGAUUGGGUUCUUGAGAAUUGCCAACUGGGUCAGAUUCUUGAAGUGGUUGAUCCUAAGCUAGGUUCUGCUUAUGAUGAGGAGGAAAUGGAGUUGGUGCUGAAAUUGGGUCUCUUGUGUUCACAAUACAAAGCUGAGUAUAGACCUUCUAUGAAACAAGUGGCUAGGUACCUAAACUUUGAUGACUCUCUUCCUGAUAUCUCUGAUUGGAGAUACUAUGAUUCUCAAAGCAGCACAAAUAGCUUAAGUUUCUUAGAAGCCAUGUCUACGGGAAAGAUUGCAUCUUCAUACAGUUUAUCUUCCAUUGGCAGCAGAAGUACACUGCCAAUAAAAACCGGUAGAUAGCAGAAGAAUGUUCUUCUAAUUUGUUCUUUCUUUAGACUAUAUUCCCUUACUUGUUUGUACCUGCUAGAGUAGUAGAGUUUUACUUCAUAACUAUGUGGGACUUGGUACCUCUAUUUUGUAAGAAUUAAUGAUUUUUUUAAGAGUUUAAUAAUUAUGCAUCAUGGUAAAAUAAUUUUA